UACUUGUAUUGGUCUAGCUCGAACAGUAUGCCGAGUGUAUUUUUUCCAGGAAGAUGGACAUGCAACCGUGGAAAAGGCCUUUGAUAACUCGAAUGAUGUGAGAAAGUUCAAUGGUGGGAGGAGAGCAAGAUCAGUGAAACAAAUGCAAAGUUACGAGAGUGAGACAUCAAAUGGACUUGCAGGUAAUCGCAGGCCCAAGAGUCUCUUGACAGAAGAGAACCCUCGGAGAGGGGUCAGGGAAGAAUCGGAGCUUAUAAAAUCUCACUUUGAGAAAAUGGUCAGGGAAGUAAAAUCUCACUUGGCUGAUCUUGUCAGUUGCAUCUGUAACACUCUCAAAGAGGAAUUAGUGCCAGCAAUUUGCUCAUCGCUGGAGGAUACUGUUCAAGGAGUGGUAAGGGAAGAGUUGGAGCAGUCGAGUUCUCAAUCUGUUCAACUUGUAAGAUCUUCUGGCAAACGUCAAAAGAAGUAUGCAGUGAGAAACUUGCAGCUUCAAUUCAAAACCAAGCUCCCCGCUUUAUUCUUUACUGGAGAGAAACUAAAAGGAGAGCACGGCAUCCCCAUUGCUGUCGAGUUAGUCAAUGCAGACACAGGCAAUAUUGUCAAAUCAAGUCCAGAGUCCUCUGUUAAGUUAAAAGUUGUGGUGCUUCAAGGUGAUUUCAGGACAGAUGAUGAUCAUAACUGGACCCAGGAAGAAUUUGAGAAAUCCACAGUGAUAGAACGCAAAGGGAAGAGGCCUCUGCUUAAUGGAAACCUUCUAGUGAUUCUUGAUGGAGGCACUGGGGUGCUGGGUGAGUUAGAGUUCACCGACAAUUCAAGCUGGACUAGCAGUGGAAAAUUCAGGAUAGGAUUACAGGUGCUGCCUGGACAUUGUGAGAAUAUUCGUGAAGCGAUAACAGAGGCGUUCGUCGUGAAUGAGAAUAGAGGAGAGUGUAAGUCCAUGAAGCCAACUAACAUCUGA